AUGGUGAAGGUUCGAAUGAACACGGCCGAUGUGGCCGCCCAAGUCAAGUGCUUACGCCGUUUAAUUGGAAUGCGUUGUUCAAACGUCUACGAUCUCUCUCCAAAGACGUAUGUGUUUAAGCUGAUGAAUAGUAGUGGAAUGACGGAAUCAGGGGAGAGUGAGAAGGUUUUAUUGUUGAUGGAAAGUGGUGUUAGAUUGCAUACUACUGCUUAUGUUCGGGACAAAAGCAAUACACCAUCCGGGUUUACUCUCAAAUUAAGGAAGCACAUAAGAACAAGAAGGCUUGAGGAUGUGAGACAGCUUGGGUAUGAUAGGAUAAUUCUCUUUCAAUUUGGACUGGGUGCUAAUGCACACUAUAUUAUAUUGGAGUUGUAUGCCCAAGGAAAUAUUCUCCUCACAGAUUCUGAAUUCAUGGUCUUGACUCUUCUCCGGUCACACAGGUUGGUGGUUCAUGAACUAUGUUCUUCUGGUGUUUUGCAGGAAUAUACAUGAUGUUGCAUUGCAGCAUGUGUAUGUCUUUGUAUAUUUAUAGGUAUUCCUCGACGUGCUUUUAUGUGUUCGUUUAUGGGUUUGAUGUAUAUUUUCUUUCCUCUGCUAAAAAUGUCCUUAGUAGAAUAAUUUUGUUGCCAUUCUGUGCUAGAAUACAUAUCUUCUUGCAAAGAAAUUAUCAAUGGCAUAGUUAUCAUUUCCUAUUGGCUUAACCUACUAGGCAUUAAGUACUAUGAAAUUGUGGUAGUUGAG